AACAAACCGAGCGCGCCGAUUGGCUGGAAAUGACAUCACAUAGAAUUGUACUGUUUUUAGCUUCUGGAAACUGGAUGACUUCAUCUUUUUCCUCCCUCGCGCAGGUAUAGAUAUACAACAACAAAUAAUGUUAGAGGCGCAGACAGAGCGAAGAGAAGCACGGGAGCACAGCUACCGAGAAGAGAGAGAUCACACAGAGACUUCACGCGAUACAGGCUUGCUCUUGUUUGUGCUAUUUACAACGUUCAUCCAGCAGCUUCGUUGGACUUUUUCAACCUUUUUUUUUUUUUAUUUCCUACGCACUCUGCGGAUCCAUAACUGACUAAACUGGUUUUCGGAUUAUAUAAAUAUUUAGAGGAACUAUUUCUUAAAAAAAAAAAAAUCAAGAGAUGGUCUACUACAGGGACAGUCAGUCCGAGAGGCCACCUUUGUCUCGUAUUCUGCCGCAUCUCUACCUUGGUGCAGAGACUGACGUAACGCAGGAUGGUUUGUCCGACCGCGGCAUCUCAUACGUAUUAAGUGUGAGCCGAUGCUGCCCACAACCUUCAUUUCUGCCCCAGUCCCAGUACCUCCGUAUCCCAAUAGACGACUCCCUGCGGGAUGACCUGCUUCCUUGGAUCCCUCAGGCGUUGCACUUCAUUGAUGGGGCCAUGUCAUGUGGCUGCUCAGUCCUGGUCCACUGUGCUGCAGGAAUCUCUCGGUCUCCAGCACUUGCUGUGGCUUACGUCAUGUAUAGCCUGAAAAUGGAUCUGGAUCAUGCAUACAGGUUUGUGAAAGAACGCAGACCCACAAUUUCGCCGAACUUUAACUUCUUGGGGCAGCUGCAGCUCUUCCAGGGAACGCUUUCUUUGAAGAAUAAUAACACAAACCUUCACUCUCAGCAGUCAGUCAAACCUUUGGAUAACUGCCUACAGCCCACCAAUGAAAAAAAUAACAGCAGUUCCACAGUGGCACUGUUAACUAACCUGAACCUUCAGAACAACAUUGACAACAACUGUAUUAUUAAUGGAUGUACUGAGGAUUCCAAAGCAAAUGUGCACUGUGAGAACAAGAACAACCAAAUGGAAAAUAUUCAGAGCCGAGGCCAACGCUGUGAGGUGAUGAAGCCAGAGUUUACCUUAUCUCUUUCAGACAAGCUCAGAGCGCUCACUCUCCGCACCAAUCCCGUAGAGGUACAAAGACCAGUCAACAUCACAUCUCAGACACAGCAGGAUGCACCAAAGUUCAACCUACCUAAGCCUACUUACCUUCAGAUUCCGUCUCUAGCGGAGAAACGCAAAAGUUUUCGGAUUAUAUAA